AUGCCUUGUGGAGGUGGAGAGGAUAAGCAAUGGGGUUGUGGGAAAUGUGGUGCCGCUGUUAAUUUGCAAAGAGUUGGUUCAAUUGUCCGUGACAUUGGCGACCCAUGCCUCUCGCAGUCGCCUAUAAAGGUGGUUAUGGCUGUGAACAAAAUGCUUAAACCGGAGAAGUGGCAGGCAACAUUUGAUAGCGAUGGGAAGAAUUUUUGUUUUCAGAAGGCACUCAAAUUAAUAGUAUUGGGGGGCGUUGAUCAAUCUAUAAGGCCAGAAGUGUGGGAAUUUUUACUUGGUUGUUAUGCUCUGGGUAGUACUGCGGAGUCUCGAAGGCAGUUGCGGACAGCCCGGAGGGAACGUUACAGGGACCUGAUUAAGCAGUGCCAAAUGAUGCAUUCAAGCAUUGGAACUGGUUCACUUGCUUAUGUUGUUGGGUCCAAGGUUAUGGAUGUUAGGGCACCGUCUAAAGAUGACGAAGGGGGGGAAGCUAAAGUUGAACAUAGACAAACUUCUUUUGAUAAUACUAACAAAGUAGAGAACUAUUGUGAUAGGAAUAAUAAUUGUACAGAUACAUCAUAUGCAUGCCAACAAGAGAGUUCUAGUGAGUCGGCCGACCUUGUCAGUGUGAGGGAAAGCACAGAUAGUGCAGCAUAUGAUUCUUCUUGUUUCAUACAUACUUCUAGUCCACAUGACUGCAGCUCCCCAAAGCUAGGGAGAGAAGCAGAUGGAACAAAAUAUGUACCAAAAAGUUAUUUUGAAUAUCCUACUUUAUCGGUCGCUGAUUUGUUUGAAAAGUGUGAAGAAGAUGAUGAAGGUCGCGUGUCUGAUGAUAAACUUUCUGCGCCAUGUAAGUCAAGGUUGAAAAAGGACAGCAUGCACAGUUUUCAAGUCAAUAACAAUGUAGAUUUAGUUAUUGAAUCAAAUUGCUCACCAUCCAAGAAUGUUUCACGCACCAUUAACUCUGAAAUUGAAAUGGUUCGUACUGAUGCCCAUCAUUCAGUAUUGCAGUCCAAUAAUAUGGGUAAUAAGAAAGAAAUAGUAAACAGGAUGAGAAUAUCAGAUGUACCAGAUACAGAAUUUAGAAAUACAACAAUGUCUCAAGGAGGGACCGUGAGUGAAGACAGAGUAUCUGAAUGGCUUUGGACUCUCCACCGAAUAGUUGUUGAUGUGGUAAGAACAGACAGUCAUCUUGAAUUCUAUGAGGAUGCAAAAAAUUUAGCUAGGAUGUCAGAUAUUCUUGCUGUUUAUGCGUGGGUUGAUCCAGCAACCGGAUAUUGUCAAGGUAUGAGUGACUUGCUGUCUCCAUUUGUCGUCCUGUUUGAGGAUAAUGCUGAUGCGUUUUGGUGCUUUGAAAUGCUUCUAAGGAGAAUGCGGGAAAAUUUUCAGAUGGAAGGACCAACUGGGGUAAUGAAGCAGUUGCAAGCAUUGUGGAAUAUCUUGGAACUCACAGACAGGGAAAUGUUUGCACACCUGUCACACAUAGGUGCUGAAAGCCUUCAUUUUGCAUUUCGGAUGCUGCUGGUACUCUUCCGUCGGGAGUUAUCGUUUGAUGAUGCUCUUUGUAUGUGGGAGAUGAUGUGGGCUGCUGAUUUUCAAGAAUCCUUGGCUUACAAUUUAGAGGACAGCUGUCUAGAAGCCUUGGUGGUACAGCUUCCUAGGGAUUUGGAAGCAGAAAUGAGGGGUGAAAGUGUGGAGGGUGGUGGUGAUAUGAAGGGCGGCUCACAUUCAAAUCAUGGAAAUCCAGAACACUCCAUGUCUGACACUGGAAUGAAAUCAGCAUCAACAUAUCAUUUUUGUGGGUUGACAAGGAAUUUUUGGUCAAAGAAUGAUCGCAUGCACAUCUGCACUGCAGUCUCAUCAACUAGGAAUGGGGAUGAUGAGCUACCAGUCUUCUGCGUUGCCGCAAUCCUCAUCAUGAACCGCCAGAAAAUUAUUCGUCAGACGCGCUCAAUUGAUGAUAUGAUAAAGAUUUUCAAUGAUAAUUUGCUGAAAAUCAGUGUCAAAAGAUGCAUCCGCACAGCGGUCAAGCUUCGGAAGAAAUAUUUCUACAAGGUUAGAUUCUCUUUGAUUUAUUAUUUCCCUCUAACUAUCAGUGAGAGAGCGCGUUAUGGUGGUUUUUCGUAG